UACAAUUGUAAUAAAAAUAAAAUUGUAUUCGUGUGAAAAAUCUUUGUCGAAAGUGGUUGGAAUUUGGAAAUGGAUUUGUGAAUUUUUCCGGGAAAGAAAAAAUAAAUAAAUGGAAAAGGGUGGCUGGGGCGGAUUUCCAGUGAGACGUCGGAGCGGGGCGGAGGCCGGAGGACAGUAGAGGUUGAGGUAGUGGUAGGCUGUGUAGAGGGAGUGUUGUGUUGUUUGUUCCGAGUCGGCCAUCUUGAAAGCUGGAGCCGGUGACAGAACGGCAAAAUCGCGUCUUGCGGCUCGUCUCAGCGGCUUAAAAGCUCACGGCGAAGAUACGACAGACGAGGAGUCGCUUUUUUCGAUCGGCUCAAACGUUUCGAGGCAGCCCGGGGCCCGUUUUGUCCCGUUUCGACGCCGCCGGCUCUCCGUUUCCACGGGAAUUUCUUCUUUUUUCGACUCCCGAUCCCGAUCACGGGGGUGGGAUUCGGACUUCCUCCCCCUUGGAGAAACGCCGAAGGGUGCGGGUUUUCCCGUCGGUGAGACUCCCCUUUUUUUAUGGGACUUUUCCACCUCGGACGAGGGUUUUAAUCUUUUUCAAAACAGUUUCGACUACAUCCUUUUCUAGAAACUAUGGCUUGGAGAUUCAAGGCAUCCAAAUUUAAAAAUGCAGCACCAAUUGUGCCGAAGCCGGAAGCAUGUGUCCGCGACAUAUGCGUCGGUUCGUACCAGACUUACGGGAACAAUAUCGCAGCAUCUGCUGCUUUCAUGGCUUUCAAUGUCGACCACAUCGGUUCUAGCCUUGCUGUUUUGCCUAUCGAUGACUGUGGAAGAAAGAGCAAAAUCAUGCCACUGCUCCAUGCUCACAGCGACACCGUCACGGACAUGGAUUUUUCAAAUUUUCACGACGGCUUAUUGGCAACAGGCUCUCAAGACUGCCUAGUGAAAGUCUGGCAUAUUCCUGAGAAAGGACUCGAGGAAAAUCUUUCCAAUGCAGAAAUGACCUUUUCGCACAGACAGCGUAGAGUCGAGUGUGUUAAAUGGCAUCCGACCGUCGAUUGCCUCCUCACAACUGCAUCGUAUUCAACUCUUACUCUUUGGGACAUCACUUCUGAGAAGGAGCUAUAUAGCUUGACAGGUGAUCAUGGAUUGAUUCAGAGUAUUUCGUGGAAGGGCGAUGGGACCAAUAUUACAUUCCAUACAAAGGAAAAGACCGUAUGUGUAGUCGAUCCCAGAGCGGACAAAAUCACCCAUUCGACAGACAGCCACCAGAGUAUUAAAGAUUCCCGAGUCGUAUGGCUUGGUGAUACGAACCGAAUACUAACGACUGGGUUCAAUUCGGCGAGACAGCGAGAGGUUUAUAUCCGCGACUUGAGAAAUUUCAAGACUACUGAGAAAACUUUGGUCCUCGAUAGUUCAACUGGAAUUUUAAUUCCGUUGUUUGAUCCGGAUACUUCGAUGCUAUUCCUCGCUGGUAAAGGAGAUACUACCAUAUCUUAUCUUGAAGUUACCGAUAGAGAACCGUUCUUGGUAGAGGGCAUAAGACAUACCGGGGAGCAGACUAAAGGUGCUUGUUUAGUGCCAAAACGUGCUUUAAGCGUAAUGCAAGCCGAAGUGAACAGAGUACUUCAGCUUACUUCCAGCUCAGUCAUCCCAAUAAUGUAUCAAGUACCAAGAAAAUCUUAUAGAGAUUUCCAUUCUGAACUUUUCCCGAAUACUGCUGGGUGUGAGAGUAAAGUUUAUCCAACUCAGUGGUUCCAAGGGAUGGAUGUGCCUGUUCCGAAGAUCAGUUUAAAUCCAGCGGACAAACAAGUGAAGCAAGUGCAUCGGGGAAGUUUAGCUAAAAUGUGUCAAGAGAUAGAAGAUAAUGUGGCAAAAUCAGCAGCCAAAAUCAACGUGACAAAACCUCUUGACCCACAGCCGAAACCUUUCCGCAGCAACAUCUCCAAUACGAGAUGUUUGUUCGAGAAGGAUAACAAUGAAGCAAAUGAAAUAAAGAACAAGAGAAAUUCGGCGGAGAUAAAGAAAGAAGAAGACAACGUUAAGAUACAGAAUGGGAACAACGAAGUGGUCAUGCCUCCGAAACCGUUGCCCCGCGUGUCAAGGACUGGUUCGAUAUCGGAAGUCAGCGAUGAAAAUGUACCGAAACCGGUCGCCCGACCUCGGACCAACUCGAUCCAAACUGCACAAAACCCCACUCCGCAGGCAGGCUUUAUCCGUUCGAUUAACAUCUCUGGUGGAUAUAAGCCAAGACUUGGACCAAAACCCUUUACGCCCCCGAAAUUCAACGAAAGCGACGAUGUCACCGAAAAGGUUGGACAAAUGGCCCUCGACAACGAUACAAACGUUUCCACCCUUCCUGAUGUAGUUAACACAAACGCCAACGGCGUUAACGGGAAUGGCGAAAAAUGCCUUGAAACACAGCCAGACCCAAAUGAAAACAACGAUGAGGAAGAUGGGAUCGUUAGCAGUACACCAUCUCCAGAUGAUCCGGAAGAAGGCGGGGGCGAUUUGGGCAGAGGCGGCGUCAGAGCUAGCAUCGCAGAACGUAGGAAAAUGUACGAAGCGAGAUCUUUGUCUAUGCAAGAGCCAGCUAAUGUCUCUCCUGCUCCGUUAAGAAGAAGGGAUUCUUUAAAGCAUUCUAAGACUUCUGGAUCGAUUAAGGAGAUAAAAGAAGACGAGUCUAGUCAGAAACCUGUGCAGAAGUCCAAUGCCGCAGCAAAUGCACCAAAACGGACCUCUACUGUUUUUGGUCGGGUUUCAAAAUAUAGACAUCUCAAGGGUACACCUGCCCAUAAGUCACUUCAUAUUGACAAUGUACGGAAUGUCAGCAGACAGAUAUCAGGAGAAUGCGAUGGUUUUCAUUGCAAUAAGGAUCGUGUGGCAGUACCUCUUGGCGGACCGGGUGGUAAAUUGGCCGUUUUUGAACUCAACCGCCCCGGCAAGUUGCCAGACGGUGUCACCCCGACACUCGUCAAUGCCAACACGAUUAUGGAUUUCGCCUGGGAUCCUUUCAACACACACAGGGUCGCUGUUGGAUGUGACGACGGCACUGUUAAAAUCUGGGUCAUUCCAGAAGGAGGUCUGACCGAAGUGACAAACACACCUGAAUCAGUAUUACAGGCACAUACUGAGAAAAUCUACUGCCUCAAAUACCACCCUUUGGCUACCGACAUACUCGUAACAACUUCGUACGACAUGACCAUCAAAAUCUGGAAUCUUUCAACUUUAGAAUUGGCCGUGACCCUUAAUGCUGACGAUCAAAUUGUUGCCGUGGCAUGGUCAGGAUGUGGAAAAUACAUUGCUGCGGCGUCAAGAGGGUCUGUACUUUCUGUAUAUGAGCCGAGGGUUAGCCCUGAUCCGAUCAGACAAGGAAAAGGACCAGGGGGCACUCGAGGCGCAAGACUUGUUUGGGCUGUGGAAGGUCAAUUUAUAGCUGUCAUGGGAUUUGACAAGGUAUCAGAGAGGCAAAUUAUGGUCUUUAAAAGUGAUAACUUGGAUAACCCUUUGACUACAGUCGGACUUGAUGUUUCUCCGGCUAUUCUCAUACCUUUUUAUGAUGAAGACAGCUCCACCCUUUUCCUUACAGGGAGGGGUGAUUCGACGAUCUACGCUUUUCAAGUUUGUGCCGAGGCGCCUUAUUUGAACGCGUUGAGCCAUCAUAGAUGCAGCUCGCUUCAUCAGGGGCUUUCAUUUUUGCCAAAGAACUGUUGUGAUGUAACAUCUGUAGAAUUCGCCAAAGCUUUAAGAUUGACAAAUACAACUAUCGAACCUCUUUCUUUCACUGUACCUAGGAUUAAGAGUGAUCUUUUCCAAGACGACUUAUUCCCUGAUUCAAAAGUUACUUGGGAGCCGACCAUGACGAGUGAAGAGUGGAUCAAUGGCGGCAACAUACAGCAGCUGAGGAUCAGUUUGAAGCCUCCUAACAUGGACAGCUUGUCAGAAGCACAAGGGACUCCAGCAAAUGUUCACAGUUUGCCAAAUAACAAAGAGUCAAAAGCGAGCAAUGUCAUGACAGGGCGUAUGCCGUGGGCCGAUCCUUCAGUCAAACACAAACAAGAACAGAUUCAAAAAUCUGUCAGUAGCCGUGUAGAGAUAAAUAUGAAGUUAGAGCAGGAUAAAAUGGAAGGUGUUGACGAAGUAGAAUGGAAUGAAUGAAACAUUUUUAAAGAAGGAAUAUGUAGGUUGUUAGAGCAUAGAAAUGCAUUUUUUAAGGAGAAGAAUACAGAAAAAAAUUUACCCCCUUGGAAUGUACUUUGCAACAUAAUUAUAUUUAUACUAAAACGCUGAGACGUAAGCAAAAAGAACUUGUUAUUUAUAUCGCACGGCAAUUCAUUCACUAGAUAAAAAUACAACGUAAAAUAAGCUCUCUUUCUCUUUCUCUCUCAGGAUUUUUUAAUAGGAUUUUUGUCAACCAAAAAUUAUAAGACUGAGAGUAUUUUUUUGAUUUGUUUUUCUGCUUUAUAAUAAAACUUAGUCUGAUCGGCAUGUUUACACUUUAAAGGGAAAAGGUGAAUCUCAAGAAAAAAAAGACAAAUUAGCGACUAAGAGAGAAUAUACAAAAAGAACUGUGUGACUUCGGAAUUUGAACGAGCAGAAUUUUUACAGUUUAGAAAUUUUCAUUAAAAAAAGCUAAAUAAUUAAAAAAUAUAAAGUCUAGAAAAAUACUUUUUAAAGUUAAAACUUAAAAAAAAAAUCGGUAAAAAUGUAGUUAAGAUAGUCAAGGCUCAAUAUUUGUGUGUAAUAUUAAAUUGUAUUCACUAAUGAAAUGAUUUAUAAUAGAUAUUUUAUAGUAGAUGCACUUUUACAACUUCGGUAAACAUGAAAUUUUCAUGCUGAUCGUAAAAUAUUAAUGUAACGCAAUAAUUCAUAUCUGAGGGGAAAGGUAAAUAUUUACUCCCGACCUCGACUUUGUUUUAUAAUUUGUUCAAUUUUUUAUUGUAAUUUGUAAAAUACGCUGCAAACCUGACAUUGCCAUAAGUUCAUCAUCCACAUGUACAGUUGAUGACAGAAUACAAAAUGAAAAGGUGGAUUUGUGUUAUACAAAUUAUAAAAUUCUCUAUUUUAAACCAUUUAUUUUUUCAAAAACACCAGCACUCCUUGGAUUGAUCCUCUGAUGUUGUGAACCCCAUUAAAAAUAAAAUCAAUCAAUAAAUAAAAACAACAAUCUUUUGUUAAAGGAAAUAUUUAUUUUUUUAUUUAUCUGCAUUUAAGAAAACCUUACCCGUUAUGAAGAUCAAUAUUUUGAGAAUUUUUUAUUUCUUGUUGUACAUUGAGUUAACCGUAAAGCACUGCAUACAUUGGAUGGCAGGCAGUUUUUAUUUUCUCUCAAAUUGCCAAUUAAUAAAAUUUAAAAGAUGUCACACAGUUCUUUAUAUGAAAAGUGAAACAAAUUUAUAAAAAAGCACAUUCCUUUUGUUUUAUGUUUUUUGUAUUAAAAUUUAACACCUCUGCCAAAAUGACAAAAGAAAAAAAUAAAAGUUUACAUGCAGUUAUUAGCAUGGUGUUGAUUGUUGAUUAUUAUCAAGUAAUAUUAUUUUUAAUUGUGAAAUAUGACAAUAUUUUAAUUGAAUUAUCUGUAAUCUUUAUCUAGUCAUGGAUUGAAAUGGUAAAUUGGAUCAUUUUUUUAAAUAAAUAUUUUUAUUGUCUAGUGUGUUCACCCGGUGAUUUCUUUGUGUAUAUAUUUUGAAUGUAUUAUUAUGAAUAUAGUUUUUAAGUAAUUAAUUAUUGAAGGGAAAAGAAAAUUAAUUUAGUUUUAGUUCUAUAAUCGCUCUCAUAUAAUAUUAAAUAACAUAUUGCUUGAUAUUAAUAUAUUAUAAAAGGUAAAAAGUAUGAAAACAGUAUUCAGCUAAAUAUACUCAAUACUUAAUUUAUUAUAAUAAAUAUUUUAUAUAUCGAUAUUAAACUGAACCAUCUUUAGUGCCAUUUUCAGUUACCAAUGACCUUUAUUACUCAAAAGAAGGCAGAAAUGCUCAGAAGUGGAUUCAUUCCUUUUCUUUAACUUUUAUUUUGGUGUCUUUCAUUUGGUGCAUUGCAUAAUAAAUUUAUACUAAAAAUAAUACUAAACACACGCACCUUUACCCCUUCUCUCGUUAAUUUUUUAAGUAUAGUACAGUUUGCUUUUUAAACAAAAGACAAAGAAAAAAGAAAAGUGUGGUCUCAAUUAGUUUUUGUCAUGUAUGUAAAUUGCCCCGUAUGUUGUUGAAACUAUGAUGAUAAUAGAUUGAAACAAGCAAAAAAAAAA